GCGAGAGGUACUCACGUUGUCAUUUUAUUUCUUCCAUGUUUGUACGAGUUGGGAAACGUGGAACAAUAUUUUAACUAUUUUAUAUUGUGUUCAUUAACAAUAAUAAAAUGCCAGCUCACUUCAAUCCACCAGUUAUUCAGGAUAACCCCACGGGAUGGGGACCGUGUUCUAUUCCAGAACAAUUCAAAGAUAUGCCAUACCAGCCCUUUUCGAAAAAUGAUCGACUUGGCAAAGUGGCUGAUUGGACAGGCACGAUUUAUCAGGACAGAAGAUUUGCCAAUAAAUAUGCAUCUCAGUUUGGAAGUGGCAACCAGUAUGCAUAUUUCCAUGAAGAGGACGAAAAUACUUUUCAGUUAGUGGAUACAGCAAAAGUGUAUAAACCUCUCCAUCAGCGAGGCAGGUUUAGGAUAAAUCAGCAACGCAACUUGAGAAAUAGAGAGAGACAGAAGCAGGCCCAGCUUCAGCAACAGCAGUUGCAAGUUUUGUCCAAAGCUGCCAAAGGACGAGAAAGGGAUAGACUUCAACAACAAAGAAAAAUUCAGAAACAAAUGAAACAGAAAUAUGAUCAUAAAGGACAAAUAACUGUGAAGAACCGUGAUGCAUCUGUAAUUGUUCGUCCAGAUUGGCAAGUGAUAGAAGAAAUGGACUUCCCACGUUUGGGAAAACUCUCAUUGCCUAGUAUUGUAGAAGGCAAGGAUAUUUAUACAUGUGGAGCUGUAGAGUUUUAUGUGAAGAGCAAUGAUCGUAUUACUUGUAGAAGUGAGAAAAGGCUUCAGAGGAUUAAUCGCAUUUUUCACAAAGUGACUACAACUGAUGAUCCCAUUAUUCGACAGCUUACAAAAACAGAAGGAAAUGUUUUUGCAACUGAUGCUAUUAUUGCAACACUGAUGUGUGCUACACGUUCUGUGUAUUCUUGGGAUAUAGUUGUUCAGAGAGUAGGAAACAAACUUUUCUUUGAUAAAAGAGAUGACUCUGAAUUUGAUCUACUGACUGUCAAUGAGACAGCAGCUGAACCCCCUCAUGAAGAAGGAACUAAUAUCAACUCUCCACGAAGUUUGGCUCUUGAAGCAACUUUUAUCAAUCACAAUUUUUCUCAACAAGUUCUAAGAAUGAAUGAAGACAAGCGCGCAUUUGAUAACCCAAAUCCAUUCGUACAAGGUGAUGAAGAAGCAGAUGUGGCUUCUGUAGCAUACAGAUAUCGCAAGUGGGAUCUUGGAGACAACAUAGAAUUGGUAGUACGGUGUGAACAUGAUGCUGUGAUGAUAGGACCUAAUGGAGAAGAACAGUUUAUCAAUAUUAAGGCUCUGAAUGAGUGGGAUCCAAGAGUAAGCUUUUAUUAUGUAAAUAUGUAAAAGUAAUGUAUGUAA